AUGCAGUAUGAGCUGGAUACAUAUUGCAGUGAUCAUGCAAAAGCAAAUCAGAGUGUGAUAAAGACGAUGGAACCUGAACAAACAAAAUUUGGAGGUCCGAGAGAGUUGUGUGGUGCUGUGGAUCUUAUAUCUCAAUACAAACUAUUGCAACACUAUGAAUUCUUUUGCAAAAGAUCACUUCCCGCAUCGCUAUCAGAUGCCCAUUAUCUUCAUAAUGUGGUUGGAGACACAGAGAUCAGAAAAGGAGAAGGAAUGCAGUUAGAUCAGCUUAUUGAGAACAUGUCACAGAGCCGGGAGACUAAUACCCGCAUUCAACCUUUUGAUAUAGAUGAGCUCAAGGAGGCUUUCCAACUAAAUGAUAUGACUCCUGUUGAAUUGGCCCCAAAAAGGAAACACGAUGGAGAUGAAGAUCUUAAUGACGUUCAGAGGCACAAAAAAAACAAGCAUAAGAGCUCAAAGCUUGAUGAGAUGGGUGCUAUAAGGGUUGCUGGCUGA